CGGUUGCGGCGAAGAAUAUCAAACACAACCAACCACGAAACCACGUUGUUGCGUUGUGUUAUCAUGAUAUGACAGGGAUAUCUGAAAGUGCGUACGUAAAAUCCGCUAAACACCAAAAUUCAUCAAGUACUUCUCAUUUCUUAAGAAUAUUAUAUUUCUGAAAAUAUAAGAAAAUGCCGCAAGGUAGAAAAAAAACUCCAUUCAGUGGAAAAGCUAAGAAACAACAGAUGCAGGCAAAAAAACAGCGACAAAAUCGAGCAAUUUUGGUUUCAAGAGAUGCAGAUGAUGAAUGCGAAAACCCCGAAAAUUCAGGAUUGAAAAAUAUUCAAAAAAUUAAUAAACAACCGCAAGACGGUAACUCUGGAAAAGGAAAAUACUCGUUGCAAUUCUUCCAAGAAUCUAAACAUGAAAUCGAGAAACGUAAAGAAGAUGCUAGGAAAUGUAUUGAACCUAUUCCGCUGGAAGGACAAGAAGUUUCUGAUGAUUAUUUCCCACCGGAAAUUGAUCUUCCAAAGAGACCACCUUGGGAUUUCAACAUGAGCAAGGAACAGCUCGACUUGAGAGAACAAAAAUACUUUUCUGAGUAUUUAAGGAAGAUGGAAGAGUUGCGAGACAUAAGUUACUUCGAACUAAAUUUGGAAACAUGGAGACAACUCUGGAGAGUAUUGGAGAUGUCAGAUGUGUUGUUGGUGAUUGUGGACAUAAGAUUUCCUGUGCUGAUGUUCCCACCGUAUUUGUACAACUAUGUGACAAAUGAGCUUGGAAAAGAAAUGAUAUUAGUACUGAACAAAAUAGAUCUGGCCCCAGCUCCAUUGGUUUUAGCUUGGAGAGAAUAUUUCAAGUCGCAAUAUCCAAAACUGCGUAUUUUAUUUUUCACAUCUUUUCCAUCGUACAAUUUACGAGGAAACACUGCGUCUGGAGGAAACAUGAAAACACGUAGGAGAAAGGGGAAAAUGAAGAUGGCGGCUGAGGGAGCACAAAAAUUAAUGGAAACUUGUCGCGAAAUAGUCGCUGAUAAAGUUGAUCUCACUUCGUGGCAGGAGAAAAUUCAAGAGGAAAUGCAUCUCGAGUACGAUUUGGAUGAUUUGGAACGAAAAGACAAUGUUAUCAUUCAGAAAGAAGACACUAGCUUCUUUAAGCACGAAACAUUCAAAAAUGGCAUUUUGACCAUUGGCUGCAUCGGUACACCCAAUGUGGGAAAAUCUUCUCUCAUGAAUGCUUUGAUGGGAAAAAAAGUGGUGAGCGUUUCUCGAACCCCAGGCCACACGAAACAUUUUCAAACGAUCUUUUUAACGAAAAACGUCUGUUUAUGCGACUGUCCUGGCUUGGUGUUUCCAUCAACGGUACCAAAGCAGUUGCAAAUACUUAUGGGUUCCUUUCCGAUCGCUCAGGUCAGAGAACCUUAUACCGCUGUUAAAUUUAUAGCUGAGAGGAUUGAUUUACCCAAGUUGUUGAGAAUACAACAUCAGGAUAACGAUGAUACGUGGUCCUCUAUGGAUAUUUGCGAUGGUUGGGCUGCAAAAAAAAAUUAUUUAACCGCGAAAGCCGCAAGACUCGACACUUACAGAGCUGCCAAUUCGUUGCUCAGAAUGUCUCUAGAGGGAAAAAUCUGUUUCUAUGUUUAUCCACGCGGCUGGGCGCGUAAAAAAGACGAAUGGGCAAAGCAUCCGGAUGUCGAAACCAUAAAAUGGAUUCAAGCAAAGACUGAAUCGGAUCAAGAUUUUCAAAAGGAAAGUAAUUAUUCCUCUUCCGAAAAUGAAGAAGACGGUGGACGUAGUUCGACAGUGAGUGACAGAGAUUCGGGCGAGGGCGAGGACGAAGACGAGGACGACCCAAACAUGCCAAUCACCGUUAACAAAUUUGGCGCAUUGGCUACUGACGCAUAAAAUACUCCUCAAAGGCCUUUUUUGCAAACUCAUUUACUUAUUGAUUGUUUUUGAUUUAUUAUCAAUUGAUUACAACGCAUUACAAAAAGCA